GUGUUCAUGGUGAGUUUUCCAAAUCAAGAAAGAGAUAAGGUUUUUAUUCCCCUGUGCUUUUCCCUUAAUCAUUUGCUCUUUGAUUGAAACUCAAGCUCACAAGUAGAAUAUAUCCAUUUAUUUAGCUCAAUUUUCUUGGAAAUCAAAUUAGGGUUUCUAAUACCCACAAAGCUUUCAUCUUUUUUCUCCCUUAUUUGCACAGAUCUGAGGAAACCAUCACAGUUUUUGUAUGUGUUUUCAACAGAAUCCCUUUCUAUUUUUGGAAGCCCUUUUCGGUUUCUGAUUUUCCUAUUUUGGCUACUGUUUUCUGACACUUGGAUUAAGCCCUUAAUCUUUUUUUUUUUUCCUUUUGUAUCUACAACGUUUAUUGAAGUAAAUAUAAAUAUAAUUUAUACACAUAUAAACAAAAUGGUGAGAGGGAAAACUCAGAUGAAAAGGAUCGAAAAUGCCACAAGCAGGCAAGUGACUUUUUCCAAGCGCAGAAGUGGGCUGCUCAAGAAGGCCUUUGAACUUUCAGUUCUUUGUGAUGCUGAAGUUGCAGUUAUUAUCUUCUCUCCCAAAGGAAAGCUCUAUGAAUUCUCAAGUUCCAGUGUCAACAAAAUCACACAACGGUAUCUGAAGAACGUCAAGAACCGAGCAAUUGCACAAAAAACAACUGAAGAAAAUAUUGAGGUCAGAUUCUUCUCAGUCCGGAAUUUGAAAUGUGAGACUGCAGAACUGAGGACAAAGAUCGAGCUCCUUGAGGAUUCAAAGAGAAAGCUUCUGGGAGAUGGUUUGGAUACUUGUUCCAUAGAUGAAUUACAACAGGUCGAAGAACAGUUGGAACGAAGUUUAAUCAGCAUUAGGGCAAGAAAGAAUUUGUUAUUUAAAGAGCAGAUUGAUCGGCUGAAAGAACAGGAGAAAAUCCUAGCAAAACAAAACAAAGAAUUAAGAGAAAAGGUGGGUUUUACAUAUUAAUUUUAUUUUAAGAAAAUGAUGUUAUUGUUUUUUGGGCAAAAUAUCUCAGCUUCAAAAUCCAAGCCUGAGAUGAUCUUUAUAUUGAUGACAAAAGAUGUUACAAGACGGAGGGAGAAGUAUGUUCCUUACCUCGUAAAUGAUUAAACAUAAAGGAAAAACGAGUACAACUACUGAUACAAGCAGUGCCCUACCUAUAUAUAUGCAAUUGAGAGUAUUACUCCAUUUACAACAUAUAAUAAUCUCUUUUGCAGCCAGCUUUGUGCCGAGACUCCUUGCACAAUCGCAAUAAGGUCUCAUUCUUUUCGACUCCAUCAUCCCAAACAGCUCCUGUGUCAACCUUUUAUCAUUCUUAUUGAGGCCAUAGACCAUUUACCAAAGUGAUCAGGCCUUUCACUUUUCCUUUAAAAUUAUGUAACAUUAGCAAUCCAAUCAGCAACCAUAUGUGUGUGAUUUUGAUUCCUAAUCGAUAUUGCAUCUGAUAAAUGUACUCUAGGUCAAAUUGUACUUGCCACGGUACUUUGUUUCUGUGUUUUGGUAUCAAAUUCUGCCCAUACUUUCUUAUAUCCAUGUUGGUAACAGAUUUUUAGCACUCUAGAAUAUGCUUUGAUUUCAUCCUCCAGUAAACUACACUUCAGAUAAGAUUCAUAAAAUUCCCAUAGCAAAUUUUCCAAACAAUUUCUCACCACUCCACUGCUUGCCGCCUGACCAUCUUUUCUGAGAGUGCCAUACGCAUCCUGACAUAGG